UGUGAAUCAUCCUCAAUUUUUUUUUAUUUCUCCUUAAUUCAUACACAAAACAAACAAACAACCUUAACCCAUCUUUCUUCUAUUUUGAUUUAUGUGAAUUUUUCUUAUUUUUUCUAUUCUAUAUAACGAAAUGACGACAUGACAUUUAGGUCAUCAUCAUCAUCAUCUCUUCAUCUUGAUCUUUAAUCCCUAUUCAUUCAAUGUGUGUGUGUUUGUGUAAUUUGUGACCACAAAUAACAAAUAACAAACAUGAUCAGGAAAUUUUCUCCAUUAGAAACUAGGAUCCUCAAAAAUCAUAACCGGUUAUUAUUAAAAUGAUAGUUUCAUAAAAAAAAAAAUUUUGUUUUUGUCGUGUUUUGUUUUCCAAUGAAAAUUCUGUAAAUUGCAGCCAGAAAUUACGUUGGUGAAAUAUAUCGUUUGAAUCGUUGAUUUUCAGACAAAUUCAUCGAAACAAUAAAUUAAAUGAACGAAUGAAUAUCGAUCAGCAGCAAAGACAAAAUCAAAAACAAUGGCCUGUUUUUUUGAAACACGAAUCAAUAAAUUCAUAUAAACGACGACAACGGUUAUUACAGCGUAAACGAUAUGAAAAACGACGAUUAUUAUUUCAUGCCCUAACAUAUCCGACGAAUCGAUGGGCAUUAACAUAUCAUUAUCUUGUUGGCUUUUUGAUGAUACUCGAUCUAACGUUUCUUUCUUUGGCAACCGUACAAGAACUUCAUCAUUGGUCAUCUAUUGUAUUAAAAGGGACCGAUGCCCUUAUACUGGUCGUUCUAGGCUGCGAAUUCUCUAUCCGUUUAUGGGCCGCACCACAUAUUCCACGAUAUCGUGGUUUUCGUGGCCUAUUACGAUAUAUAUUCACUCCAUUUGCAUUACUAGAUCUACUCGUAUUAAUCAUUACCGGUGUUUUGUUGGCUAAACAAUUAAUGAUCCAAAAACAUUAUCAUAAUAGUUUUGAUUGGCUUCGUUUUGUACAGAUACUGAAAUUGAUACGUUUAGAUAUACCAUUUAAAAGAUGGCGCCUUGUCAUGUCGGUGGUUUGGAUGCAACAUCAACAAUUAUACACCAUAUUCUAUGUCUGUUCGAUGUGUUUAAUAUUAUUAACAUUUACCAUGUAUUUCAUUGAACAUGAUCAACCGGGAACACAAUUUACAUCUAUACCAAAAACAUUUUGGUGGUCACUCAUAUCGUUAUUGACCAUUGGUUAUGGUGAUAUGUAUCCACAGACAACUAUUGGCCGUAUUAUAGCAUCAUUAGUGUUCUUAUUUUCCGUAUCAUUAUAUGCUGUUCCAUCUGGUAUCAUUGCCACCGGUAUUGCAUUGAAAGUAUCUGAACAAAAACGACAUAAGAAAAAACAUAUUCGACGACGAUUGCCGGCUGUAUUACUAAUACAAUGGACAUGGCUUUAUUAUAUUGUUAUUCGUUGUCGACCGACAACUUUAUCAUUAUCACCAACAAUUCAAAUCAAUAAUCAUGAUAUCGAUUAUGAUGAUGAUGAUGAGGAUUUCGAUGGAAUAACAAGAUCGAUAAUUAUUAAACAAAAUAAACGGCAACAAGAAAUAUUACCACGACAAACACCAUCUACAAAUGAUAAUAUCGAUGAAGAUCGUAUACAACCAACAAAAUUUCCCAUUACAUUUCGUGCUCUAUGUCGACGAUUAAAUAUACAUGAACAUUCAUUAUCAUUAUCAUCAUUAUCAUCAUUAACUUCGACAAUACGAAGCGAAGAAAAUGUAGCGAAUAAAAAUCAACCACCACCGCCACCAUCACAACAACAACAACAACAAUCAAAUACUACCAAUGCAAAUACAACUAAUGCUACUAAUCAUAAUCAUAAUAAUAAUAACGAUAAUAAUAAUAUUGAUGAUGAUGAUUCGGAUAGUGAAACGGAAAUCAUUAUGAAUGAUAAAAAAUUAUUAUUAACACGAAUGCUAUGCCUGUUACAAUUUCAAUUGGCUCGAUUAAGAUUUCAAGCUUCGAAUCCAUUCGGUGAUAUCAAUGAUCUGAUUGAUCGUCAUCACACUGUACAUGAAGAUCUUAUCAAACGAUUACAAAUCAUAUCUAAUCGUCUCAUAUCAGUGGAACGGAAACUCGAACGAUCUCAACAUCAACAACAACAGCAACAAUAAAUUCAUUAUCAUUGGCAAAUGGAAAUUAAAACCUUUUUUCAACCUUCAAAAUAAAUUUUCGAUAAUAAAAAAAUAAUUCAUUAAUUGUUAA